AUGGCUUCAGACGUGGAGGCACCGAGCUCUCCUGGGGUCGACUUGUCGCCAGUGAUCCGGAAAGAACAGCUCAAGCAUGAGUUUGAAUUGAAACGGCUUGAGCGCCAGGUGGCUGAUGAGCAUGCUGCGCGGCUGCGGGCAGAGAACCAGGUCAGACACCUAACUGCCGAUAAAGACAGCAUUGAGUCCGACUCGGCAGCCAUGUUUGAGAAAAUGAUUAAUGAGCAAAAGGAGCUCCGGAAAAAGAUUGAUUUCUACGAACAAGAAGUUGCAAAGUUCAGCAACCAAGCGUCUGAACUGUCUCGCGAUCUGAACUCGGCCAAGGCAAACAUUGUGGAUAAAGACAUGCAGUUGUCUGCGGUGCAGCUAGAGUUGAAGGCGGCUCAGGAAAAGCUGCAGAAUGCCGAGUACGAAAAGCAAGCGAGUGGUUUCGAAAGCGAUAAAACAGUACAGGUUCUACGCAUCGACCUGAAUGCGCGGAACGAUGAAAUCAGCGCCCUAAAAGCUCAAUUGGAAAGUAUCAAGCAGCAGUAUAGCUCUGAUGAGUGUGUUUCUGGUCAGCUGAGCGAGUACGUCGCCAAAGCUAGAGCUCUUGAGCAGGAGUUGGCUUCGGUUCGCAAGGAAGCCCAAGAGGGCCAAUUAGCCAAGGACUUGAACCUGUUUUUGGAGGAAGAAAAACUGCAGCUCAAGCGUGAAAUUGAAACUAUGAGCUCGACAGCCAAAGAGAACCGCUUGCUUCAAGAAAAAGUUGCCAGAUUGGAGGCUGAAAAAGAGAUUUGGGUUGUUUACCUCCGGGGCCACUCUGAUCUUUCGUCCCCUCAAGAUCUUGCCAAGAAAGUAUCUGACUUGACCUUGAAAAAUAAAGCAUUGAGCGCAAAAGUGUCAUCGCUUGAACACGACAUUCAACUCAAGGCGACUCGCGAGCAGUCUGAGCAAGUUGUUCAGAAACAAAUCGAGCUUGAGAGUGCCCAAGAUGAAUUGAGUGCCACGAAAAUAAAAUUAUCGCAACGAAAAUUUGAAAUUGACAACCUUAGAAAAGAAGUCCAACUUCUUGAGGCGCAUCUUGACAAAAAAGAUACCGACAGUGACUUGCAGGCCCGGCUGGACCAGGCCCAAGCUACCAUUGAAAAUCUUCGAAAGCAAGUCUCUGACCUGGAAAAGGAGUACGCGAAUCUGAACAAUGACCAAAGCUCCAAGAAACGUCGUAUUAGUGAAGCAAUGCUGAGUUCCAGAAGCCAGACCUCAUCAAAGCUUGAACAAGUUGAGAGCGAACUCCAAGAAAAGAGCCGUCAACUUGAAAUCGCUCAACUUGAUCUUGAGUCUAGCAAGAAGCGGGUCGAGCAGCUUGAACUGGCCAGUAAAUCGGACACUAAAGUUGUAGAACUCAAGGGCAGUCCGUUCGAAGCCGACGUAGCUCCCCGACUCGCUCUUCUGGAUGCCCUGGAACGGGAGGUACAAGAUCUACGCAAAAUGCAAGAAGAAAACUAUGCACCAGAGUAUGUCCCUAGAUCCUCACUGUUGACGCUGAAAGUUGAAUAUGAUGUGCUCAAGGACCAGCGCGCUCAGCUGGAAAGCAAACAUCAGAGUUUCCAAAAGGCCAUUGCAAUUCGCGAAGCUCGACUCAACAAAGCUAUCGACCAAUUGUUUGGGUACAAUAUCGAGCUGUUAAGCGAUCGCACUUGCUUGUUGCGACCUGAAUUAGAACCGGAAACGGUCUUCGAGGCACAAUUCGAUGACAUCGACCGCAAAUACACGUCGUUCCGAGUCACAGAUAACGUCCGGGCCUACGAGUCGCUGUACAAGCACUGGGCUCUCGAAAGAAAGUGUUUACCUGGGUUUUUGAGUGCUGUAUUAUUAGAAUUGAUCGAUAAGAAAAAUAAUUAA